UGAUUUGGAACUCUUUCCGGAUCGGCCUGACGGCAACAUUCAUGCACUCGAGCUGUUUUAUUCGCUCGGCGGCCUCACUGUGUAGGUAGCAAGUGACUUGACAGAAGAGUGCAGAAGAGUUGUUUUCGUGUGCGCCUCUCCUGAACAGAAAACGAGUACCCAGCUGGUGAAUCACAUGGAGGUCGUAAUCAGCGUCGCUGUCCCUCACGUUCACGUUCUCAGGCGGUUUGGUACGAAACCUCUGCAUCGCUGCUUCCUCGCUCGGCUGCGCAGCGCAAGUCUUUGUCCAAGUUCAGUCGCCAUCAGUUAAGACGUGAGUUGAAAUCGGCUUCGCCGACAUUCGAAUGCCGAGAUAGGUCCAGUUUCUGUAAUCCCCGUACUCGAAUCAAUAAUGUCAUCGGCGACCGCUCCGUGACUUCUCCGAGGCCAUACCGAUCGCCUGACGAAUGUCCGGCACCGUCCAUUCUGCGAGCUACUCUCUAACUCAUACGACCGACGACAUAAAGAACUGCUUCAAUAUCAUCCAAUGGGCGAGCUACUCCAGAGCCCAUGUGACUUCACCUGCGAUAAGAACCUCACAUAGCCUUGGAUGAAGACUUGCCAACUCUUGAUUAUUCUAAGCGAGUUGGAUUAUGAAGAGGUUGCGGGGAGAGUGCACGAUUUGGAUAGUGGGGUGAUCAAAUUAGAGGACGGCAAGGUCCGUGCGGUUUGGUAGGAAUAGGCGAAGCGCCGGAAGACUUCGAAACUGAGAGUGAGCGUUUUCCAAUUUAGGGCAUCCGCCUAACUGAUGCAAGCAGCUAAGAUACUGGUCGUACCGGCGAGGUAACGCAUGCGACAGCAAUUUCGAGCGAAUGAGGUGAUGAUGAUUGGCGAAAUGUGCUGGGUACAAGAUUCUUCCGUCUGGUGGCGAGCAAAGAACGAAAACUGCAGCAUCGCAAGCAUGUUCUCUCACUCGCCGUUCGCGCAAACCAGCUUUAGCAGUAUUGAGAAUCAGUUUGCUAGGACGUGAAUGCAGGGUGCGUCGAAGUAGAAGAGCUAUUUGAGCGAUUUGCAGCGAUCGAGCAGAUAAUCAUGUCGAAGGAUCUCCUCCCAUCGCCUGGAACAAUGGAGGCGGGAGACGGCCUGAAUGAUCAGCCUAGGGCACAGUCUGAGGCAGAGUUCGGUGUUCGAGUUGAUUCGAGAGCGAAUCCCGCGACAGAUUGCCUCCAUCACGGUCCAGCAUCUAAGGUGACGAAUCCUGCGCGUCAGCCAGCCAUGUUUGGGGCGUUUGGAGGCGACGUCUAUAGUCGACGUCAUCUGAUUCGACGUUCGAGUGUCCAUGACUACUCCAUACGACAUCGAUCGGACAUGAGGGCGUUAAAUGCCAUGCCCGUCGUAUUGGCGGCAUAUUUCUUCCUCUUGCGACUGUUGCUGAGAAGCACUAAUGUUAUCAUUUGCAUGCACGGAUUCUUUCUGCUCAUCGUCUUCUGCUGGUCUGGAUAUGCAACUGACCUUGUACAUUGUGUGACUAGGACGUGUAGGGCUGCACGAGCUAGUCUUCGAGCCGGACUGGACGAGUCAUAUGAUUUUGAAUCUGGAUUUCAGAAACAAUGAUUGGAGAAUGUGAAUUCGUGUUCAGGCACAAUACAAAGACCAGAAUGUUAGAUACGGACAGAGAAGUGUCAUCCUUGCAUAUAAGGAUGACACUUCUCUGUACAACUAUGUAAAUUAGGGCGAUAGAGCUAUUUUCAAUAGCACUGGAGAUAUUUUGUAAGUCUCUAGCGUGAUAUCAUCAAGGAAGGGCUUGCAAGGGAAGUUCUUCCUAUAUCUUUUCAGAUCCCUAGACUCGUUAGUCCCGGGACUAACGAGUUUUUCACUCAUGUACAUGCCCACUAGUGAAGCAAACACAACUUUAGAAUUGUACACUCUGGUAGAUGCUCAGGGAUUUCUUGAAUACAACUCCGGCUUACCUAUGCAGUUUAAAUUUGUAAUAAUA